CUUACGCUGUGUGCUGAGAUCUCUUACAGCGAAGGGUAAAGACACUUUCAGGAAGCAACACCCCUGUAAAUAGCUAGUAGACAAUUACAAAGGAUAUAUCUUUGCGCAAAGUUAGUUUCAGCUUUGCCUGUAGCAUGUUUUUCUGAAGGAGGCAUGAUGUUCGGUAACGCGUCUGUUGACGCCAAGGGGUGCCUUCCUCUUUGAAAAUUCCAGAAUAAAGGUUGUCAGAUUGGGUGGUGGUAACAUGCUCACGUGGGUAUUUACUGUGUUUAAUGCUGUAUUGGCUUUAAAACAACAACAACAAAAAAUAAGGAAACAAAGUCAAGAUCCAUGUUCUUUCUGGACACCAUGCUUUGUCCUUGCAGCAGAGACAAGAGGGAAGUUAUUUCAGAAAACAAAAAUACAUGUGAGACAAGAUGCCUCAUGAUGGGAGACGAUACCAAGAUAAACAGCGCAGGCACCACGAGGAUCAUGGAUCUGAUAGGUACGAGGAAGACAGAAGAACAAGAAAGCAAUACCCUUACAAUGGAAGGUCAACAAGAGGUGGCCAGCACUCAAGGGCUUCCACUGUUUGCUCAGACUUAUACUCUAAAACUUCAGGAGCAUCACGGGAGUAUUUUGGCCCACCGCCUCAGUAUUAUCCUCCCAAGGAAACCUUCUCAAUGAAGUGUUCAAAGGUAUGCACAACAAGAGGCAUCCUGAAGUUCGUGGAAAUCACAGUUAACCUCCUGGUCCUGAUUUGCGUGGGCGCUGCCCAAGCCUCUGUUGCAGGCUUCACUUCCCUGGGCGGUUUGGGUCUCGGGUCCUUUAACCUGAAUUCAGCCUACAGCCCCUUCGAGGGAACGGAGCUCCAGGAGGUGAGAGAGCUCGACAUGCAGAUCACCCAAAUGAGAGCCCCGUGCGUCUACGGCGGAGUAGCCUUCAGCUUAACAGCGGCAGCACUUACACUCGUGUUCCUUGUUGUGGGGGUGAAGCCCAUCCACCGCCUCAAACUGGGGCUGCUCGCUGGCGAAUGUGCCUUCAACCUCCUGGCUGGGACGGGCUACAUCGCUGCAGUCGGCCUCUACUUGCAUUUUGUCAGCCAGGUGAACUCCACAGAAACCUGCAAGAGGCGCGAGAGGCUGUACGCGCGCCGUGGCUAUACCUCCAUGAGCUGCGUGGUCCAGGGUGGCGACGCAGCCGUCGGCCUCUUUGGCGUUGCUGCUGCCUGCUUGUACUUCGCUAGCUUUGUGGUCUGCAUCCUUGCUAUUCGAACUGUCCGGGCCUUCCGGAGCCACGCGGCCAAGGCUCAGUACAGCCCCAACAGCAGCGUUAAAGACAGAAAUAUCAAAAAUCACCACGCCGUCCACAAGACCCCUGAGAGCUCCCACAACACCCAGGCUCUUGCUACAUUAGUCUGAAAUCAGCUCUGGGACCGUGCCAAAGAACAGGAGCUUCAGCAAGUGAUGGGCACUGGACUUUGCAUGCCUAACAGGCAAUGAGUCCAAAGUGCAUUGUCCAACAAGGUACUGGAAGCAUGUAUCAAAUCACAGAAUGUAAAAAUACUGUUAUAGCAUGAUCUAAUAAAAUAGAUGCUGAGAGGAAAAUC